AUGGCCCCCAGAUUGAUUUUCUUAGUGGGUGCCCCCCUGCCUGGCAGUUUGAACUGGGCUCAAGACGAGCUUUUAAACGCCCCCGUGCCCCCAUUCCAUGAUGCCGAUACCAGCACCAGCACCACCAGAACAGAACACCAGGCAUCUUUGGCACAAGACUCUAUCAAAUGGAGGGUACUUCAGCCUCUAUCAUCAGACACUGUGGAUGAUCACCAUGCCUUUUACUGGGGACCCAGGGACCCAAACUUCCUGACAUCCCAUCAGCUCAUCAAUGCUGACAGCAUAACAAGCGAUGACGAUGAUACGGCUUUGUCUCAGUUCUACGACCAUUCAUUCGCCAUUCACGAGAACUCAGGGAAUUCUGCGUCAGAGUCACGAGAGGACCUGACACAGGAGUUGGACAGCAUCGAGGCUGCUGAUUCACCAAGCAAAGAGAUAUCUAAAUUACCACCCUUUCGAAUCAAUGGCCCCUUGAGAGAUUUGAAGGAUAUCCCCUCGGCAAAAGACCUGCAGACCAUUGUCCCACAGACAUUAUCAGUCAAUUUAGUGGUCGGGAUUAUUGCAGUGCAUCCACCCCGCCGCGUGGUAACACGGCAGUGGAAGAAAGAACUUGAUAUCAUUGAACUAGUGGUGGGUGACGAGACAAGGGCUGGGUUUGGCGUCAAUUUCUGGCUGCCAACUUCAGCACCAGCCGUUCAGACGGCAGCCAAGGCCGAGAAAACGAAUGAGCUCGCCCGGUCCCUGGCCCGAAUUCGACCUCAAGACAUUGUUCUUUUGCGUACCGUGGGCCUUGGCUCGUUCCGGGACCAGGUCUACGGACAGAGUCUUCGUGGAGGAAUGACCCAAGUUGACCUUUUGCACCAACCAUCGACGGAUGCGGGUGAGCUCGACAAGGUUCCAAUGAAUGUCCAGGGCGAUCUGCCGCAGAAGGUUCGCAAGGUACGGGAAUGGAUCCUCCGAUUUGUGGGGACGGAUGGAGUAGGCGGUACUAGCCCAGGAAUGCCCAAGACAGAACGUGGCCGGCUUCCCCCGGACACGCAGUAG